AUGUCGAAGCACAUAGGCAUAUUCGGCCUCGGUGCUAUGGGAACAGCGCUCGCAGCCAAGUAUCUUGAACAUGGCUAUAAGACAUCCGUCUGGAAUCGAACCACCGCAAAGGCAAUCCCGCUCGUUGAGCAGGGUGCCAAGCUAGCCUCUACAAUCUCGGAGGGGGUAAACGCCAACGACCUCAUCAUUAUAUGCCUCCUUAACAAUCAAGUUGUCGAGGAUGCUCUACGGGAUGCAUUACAAACUCUGCCCAGCAAGACCAUUGUCAACCUUACCAAUGGAACACCAAACCAGGCUCGUAAACUCGCGGAUUUCGUCACCUCCCACGGAGCACGGUACAUCCACGGCGGUAUUAUGGCGGUUCCCACCAUGAUUGGCUCCCCGCACGCUGUCCUGCUUUACAGCGGAGAGUCUCUUGAGCUGUUCCAGAGCAUCGAAAGUCAUCUGUCUCUCCUUGGGAUGAGCAAAUAUCUCGGCACCGAUGCAGGGUCUGCCUCUUUGCAUGACUUGGCUUUGUUGUCGGGAAUGUACGGUCUCUUCUCCGGGUUCCUGCAUGCAGUUGCUCUGAUCAAGUCCGGGCAGGAUACUAGUACUACCGCCACCGGAUUAUUGCCGCUUCUGACUCCAUGGUUGUCGGCAAUGACGGGAUAUCUUAGUUCUAUCGCGAAACAGAUCGACGAUGGUGACUAUGCCACACAGGGAUCCAACCUGGGAAUGCAAUUGGCCGGAGUGGAAAACAUUAUCAGAGCUGGCGAGGAGCAGAGGGUCUCCUCACAGAUGAUCCUUCCGAUAAAAGCGUUGAUAGAGCAAGCAGUGGGUGAGGGGCAUGGGGGUGAGGAUCUAUCAGCGCUGAUUGAAUACUUUAAGGUGGGCAAAAAUGUAGAUUAA